AUGAUAGCUUUCAAAGGACGAUCCACGUUGAAGCAGUAUAUGCCACACAAACCCAUAAAACGCGGUUUCAAAGUAUGGGUUAUAUGCUGCGCUGUAACGGGAUAUAUGAUGAAUUUCGAUGUAUACGAAGGAAAACUACAGGGAGGUGAGCGAGAACUGGGUUUGGGCGAGUCAGUUGUUUUGAAAUUGGCUGCAAUGUUUGAACAUUUGGUGGAAAAAGAAGUGGAAGAAGAAAAAGCUGUUUGUGUUGCUUCCAAUAUGCACAAUCCAAACAAAAAAGGAUUUGUGCACCGUACUUAUAGUCGGGGUGAUAAGGAACAAGUUGCAUGUCCAGAUGCUAUUAUUGAUUACAAUAAAUACAUGGGAGGAGUGGACAAAUUUGAUCAGUAUAUGGCAUCUUUUUAUAAGGAUACCUGGGCGAAGGCUCGUUCUGGUGGUACAAAACCAAUGACUCAUUUGAUGUUUAGGAGCAAACUGGCUGAUGAGCUUAUAGGAGACACGAAGCAGCCUGUGCUUCCAUUUCGAGAUAAUAAAGAGAGUGAUCAUAAGCUAAUGAAAUCAUCUAAGAAAAAUUUGCGUAGAUGUAGAUACUGCAGUACCGCGUCAAAGCCAAAAAGAAGUGUCUAUGAAUGCGUUCAGUGUGAUGUAGCCCUAUGUGUAGAAUGUUUUGUACCAUUCCACAAUGAAGGACAAAUUAAAAAACGCAGAAAAAAAAUUGAUGAUGACAUGCCACUAUCAGAACUCGAAAAUAAUAAAAAACGAUCUGACAUUCAAGAGUCAUUACUACAUUCAAGUUUAAAAGAAUUUCUUCCAACUCCCAAUUAUGCUCAAACUAAGGAAAAACCAAGGCGAAAAGCAUUAAAUUACGUCGGACAGAGGAUAACCAAACAAUUAUUCAAAGACAAGUCAAGCAAUAGUGCAAAAAACUCUGCCAAAUAG